AUGGGCCACUACAGCCGCCAAUGCCCGCAACCUCAGAAGGAGGGUAAUGGGAGCUUCGGACAGACAGGUUUUGUGAAACAAAACUCUAGAGGCCCAUCGCAGCAGCAGAAUGGGCAAAAUAAGGGAAAACAGCCCAUGGGAACCCAGCAAGGCACUAGAGGGCGUAUCUUCAUGCUACAGACUGAGGAACAAGAGCAGGAUCCCUCUGUGAUCCAAGGUACGCUAUUAUUGUACAGUACCUGCGUACAAGCAUUGUUUAACUCUAGAGCAUCGCAUUCGUUUAUAUCUUCUGCCUACGUAACUGCUCUAACACUACAAACAGAACCCCUAAGUACGAGUAUGAAAGUCAAAUCACCAUUGGGGGGGAGUAUAACUGUUAAUCUAGUAUGUAGAGGGUGCGAGAUAAAAAUAGCCAACCUGCGUCUGACAUGCGACCUCAGGGUGAUCGACAUAGCAAAUUUUGACGUAAUCCUUGGAAUGGACGGCUAUCAGCUCACCGAGCGGUCAUAG